AUGCCCGAGAAGCGGUUGGACGCGGAGCCACCAGACAUUACAGAAGAAAAAUUUGAAGAUUCUUUGGCAACAGAUGAUUUCCUUGUGGACUACUUUAAUGAAUUCCUAAGCCUUCCAACAUUUUCAGAGGCAAUUCGAUUUAAUGUGGAUUACGGAGUUUUUGAAGUAGUUAACAAUGCGCCACAUCAUCUGGAAAAGCAACUGAAAAAAGUCCUACAAAGCUGCCAGCCUCGCAGUCCCAUCUAUGAUGUUGUAAGGGAAGGAAAGACUGGUGUUAAACCUGCUCACCUUAAUGCCCCUUAUGCAGAUGAGGCCAUUAAUGUCAACUACAACAUUAUGUGUCUUAAUCGUGAACAAGGAAUCAAAUGGAUCAAAAAGGAAAGACUCCCAGCAUUUCUAGAAAGUGACUGCUACUUUGAAUAUAGGUUAGCCAAAUUGGUCUCACAAGUAAGAUGGAGUGAAUCAGGCAUGAAUUUCACAGUUGGUACAAAUUUUUCUUCCUGGGUCAUGAAGAAAAAACCCAGUCCACCGCCGCCUCCUGUUGAAGACAAAGACAAUCUUACAAUCAUGAAAAAGUUCUACAUUUCUCUUGGAGAGGCCUCCUAUACUCAAACAAAAGAUUGGUUUACAUUAGCAAAACAAAGUCAAGAAACAGUGGUAACCUUUUCCUUACCUUGCUGUAUACCCCAGGACAAAAUAGAAUCACCGGGUGUUCCAUCUGCUUCUGAGAGUUUAAUUUUUGAUGAUGGAGUUCACCCCAGGACAAAAAAGAGCCCAUCUAAAGCUGCUAAGUUAAUUUCAGAAUCUGAAGAAGAGGGAUCCGUAUCUCUCCAAGACACCCCUUCUCAAGCUCUUCUGAGAGUGUACCUGGAACAGCAACAGGACGCUGACGACAGCUUGACCUUGUAUUUCUCAACAUGUGAAGAAUUCUUAAAGGCCUACAUACAAUUUAUUUUGAGAACGGCCAUUCAGCGCAUUACUGGAGAGCCUUUAUCAGAAAGCCCAGACUUUGUAAACUUCAACAAAGUAACACAAGUGGUAUUUGAGGACUAUUACGAGUUUCUCUUUGACUACAGUGUUCACAGUCCACCAGUUCAAGCUGUCAAGGAAAGGUCGGAAGAAAUGCUAGAACGGGCGAGCUUAAGUUCAAAGAAUGAGAGCAUUGGACCAGAGAGCAGGGCGGACUGGUGUGUUUCUCACAGAACUUACGACAUUGGCAACAGAAAGGAGUUUGAAAGAUUUAAGAAAUUUAUAAAAGGCACACUAGGAGAGAGAUAUUGGUGGCUGUGGAUGGAUAUUGAGAGGUUAAAAGUUCUUAAGGACCCUGGAAGACUUCAUAGACAUCUUGAGAAGAUGAAGAAGUGCUAUCUGGUGAGCAGUGGUGAUUACUACCUUUCUGCAGAAGUCUUAUCAAAAUUUAAACUCUCAGAUGGAGCUCAGUGGACUGGAGAGCAUUUAAAAAACAUUCAGUGUGAGGUUCUGAAACCUUUGCUUCUGUAUUGGGCACCAAGAUUCUGUGUCACGCAUUCAUCCUCAACAAAAUAUGUGAAUGCAAAAUUGAAAUUCUGGCACCUCCGGCAGGAGAAACCAAGAAAGGAUGUUGACCCUUUUCCACAGAUGGCGACACUCUUGCCAUUGAGACCUAAAUCUUGUAUUCCACAGAUUCCUGAGGUUCAGAAAGAAGAAUCCAAUUUAUUUCAACCCCCAAAAUCUUCCAAGAAAUCACUUAGAGCAAAAUCCAUAACCCAGAAGUCUCUGAAGCGCGUGUCUUCAUACCCAGCUUCUUCUAAGGAUGACGUGGCCGAGAAAGGGUCAAAGCCCAUGUUGAAAAGCAGCAAGGUUGUCCAGUUGACAUCUUUCACUGACAUUUCUGAAUGCUUGAAACCCCAGCUGGAAAGAAAAUAUACUUACACAGAGGAACAAAAGGUUAAAACUGCCUCAGAUGUCGGUGCCUUAGGAGGAUUUGACAUGGAAAAUUUGUUGCAAUCUUUGUAUGUAGAAAAUAGAGCAGGAUUUUUCUUCACUAAAUUCUGCGAGCAUUCAGGGAACCAGUUGUGGAAGAACAGUGUGUACUUUUGGUUUGACCUACAGGCUUAUCAUCAACUUUUCUACCAAGAAACACUUCACCCUUUUAAAGUAUGCAAACAAGCACAAUAUCUUUUUGCCACAUACAUUGCUCCUUCGGCCACUCAUGACAUAGGACUCCAACAGGACAAUAAAAAUGAAAUCUAUAUGAAAAUACAGCCACCAUUUGAAGACCUUUUCGAUACAGCAGAGGAAUAUAUCCUCCUACGCCUCCUUGAGCCCUGGACGAAGAUGGUAAAAUCAGACCAGCUUGCGUAUGGGAAGGUGGAGUUGAAGGAAGAAACUCGACAAUUAGACUCCACUUAUUUCAGAAAGUUACAGGCUUUGCACAAGGACACAUUUUCCAAAAAAGCUGGGGACACUGGCAAUGAAUUGGGAACUGGUACUUUAUCACUGUCUGAUGUCUCUAAAAGAACAGAAUAUUGGAAUAAUGUUCCAGCAGAAUACAAACAUUUUAACUUUAACACCCUGCUUAACAACAAGCUGGAGUUUGAGCACUUCCGUCAGUUUCUUGAAGCUCAUUCUUCAAGCAUGGACCUCAUGUGCUGGACAGACAUUGAACAGUUCCGAAGAAUAACUCACAGUGAUCAGAAUCAAAGGGAGGCAAAAUCCGUAUACAUCAAAAACAAAUACCUUAACAAAAAGUAUUUCUUUGGUCCCAAAAGCCCAGCUUCCGUACAUCAGCAGAACCAGAUAAUGCGUCUAAGUGGUGGCUGGGGGAGGCUUCUCCAUGACCAGCUUGAUGCAUCUGUCUUGGUUGAAAUUCAGAAGCAUGUCCUGAAUAGGCUAGAAAAUGUGUGGUUGCCAUUGUUUCUUGCAAGUGAGCAGUUUGCUGCACGUCAAAAGAUAAAGAUACAGAUGAAAGACAUAGCAGAAGAGCUUUUACUACAGAAGCAUGAAAGGAAAAUUGGGGUCUGGAAGCCCGUGGAGAGCAAGUGGAUAUCCUCAUCUUGUGAAAUCAUUGCUUUCCGUAAAGCAUUAUUGAAUCCAGUGACUGCAAAGCAAUUUCAACAUUUUGUGGCUCUGAAAGGAGACUUAUUGGAAAAUGGGGUACUUUUUUGGCAAGAAGUACAAAAAUUUAAGGAUUUGUGCCAUUCUCACUGUGAUGAGUCCAUGAUCCAAAAGAAGAUCACAACUAUAAUCAACUGCUUCAUUAAUUCCAGUAUUCCUCCAGCUUUACAAAUUGACAUCCCAGUAGAGCAAGCCCAGAAGAUUAUUGAACACAGGAAGGAGUUGGGACCAUAUGUAUUUAGAGAGGCCCAGAUGACGAUUUUUGGAGUUCUGUUUAAAUUUUGGCCUCAGUUCUGUGAGUUUAGGAAGAACUUAACUGAUGAAAAAAUUAUGAGUGUUUUAGAGAGAAGACAAGAGUAUAAUAAGCAGAAAAAGAAAGUGUCAGCUACAGAAGAUGAAAAAUCUGGAAAGCUUGGUGCCAAACAAUAUGCAGCUAUUGCUGUAGGAUCCACCGUCAAAGCACCUGCUGCAGUCAGCGACUCUUUCCUGGACCUGCAAGCGUAUGGCCGACAGCCAACCUGGUGCUAUUCAAAGUAUAUAGAAGCCCUCGAACAGGAGAGAAUUCUUCUUAAAGUUCAAGAAGAAUUAGAAAAGAAGUUGUUCUCAGGAUCACCAUCUCUCACAAAUUUUAGGUCGACUGGUUCAGCUAUGUCUUUGAAGAAGAAUCUGUCUUCCCACACCACCCAGAGAAUGUUGUCAAAUGCAAGUUAACUGACAUGAGAAGCUCAAGUGGUUUUUUUUUUUCUGAUAAUCAGCAUUAAACCAGGCCUUGCAUCUUAAUAAAG